CCCUAAAAAUUCUUCUCCUUCCUGCGCCGGCCUCCCUCUCGGCUCACUCUCCCCCAGCCGCCGAUCUCUCUCUCUCUCGGAAACCUCGUGCCACCGGGAUCCUCCCUUAAAAUCACCAUGACGGAUAGCGAAGUUACGUCCCCAAACACCACCUCUAAAUCCCCACAUCUUGCCUUCACCACCAUCUCUAAUGUCAAACUCCAUGUCCCCAUUCAACUAAGCUUUUCUCAACCCAAUUAUAAAAAGUGGAGCCGAUUAUUUCUUCUUCUCGUUCGGCGCUUCAAUCUCCAUGGUUACAUCUAUGGAUCCGUCGUCCCUACCUCUGACGACGACGAUGAAUGGUUCCAACGGGAUGCUCUUCUUCAAAACUGGAUUCUCUCCACAAUCACCGACGAGGUUUCGGACCUUGUCAUCUCUUCCACCACCUCUGCAUCCUCUCUCUGGAAGGUGAUUCAUGAUCUCUUUCACGACAAUAAACAUGCUCGUGCCAUGCAACUCGAGCACCAAUUCCGUACUACCGUCAAAGGGAACACCCCCAUGGCUACUUAUUGUCAAAAUCUCUUCAACAUCGCCGAUUGGUUAGACGAUGUCGAUGCGCCGGUAUCGCAAAAUCAACUUGUUCUUCAGAUGCUACGCGGACUGCCGGAGGAUCUUCAGGCUCAAACUUCGUUCCUCCAGUUUCAAGAUCCGAUGCCCACGGUCCUUCAAGCCCGAUCGGCUCUCCUUUUGUUGGAACGGCAACGCUCACCGCUGGACAACCACGACACUACGGCUCUCGUUGCACGAUCGGGCGGUUCUUCCCACCCUGGGGGUUACGGCAGCAACUUCAUGCCGCAGGGCAGCGGCUACACCGGCGGGAAGCAGGGCGGCUUUGGCAGCGGCUACAGCGACGGCUCCUCAGGACAGCGCAGCGGCUAUGGGCGAGUUAUUACAUACAGAUUUAUGGCAAUCUCCUGUUCCAAGUGUUACUGGUUUUAAAUUUUAUAUGAUACUAUUGGAUGAUUUUUCUCAUUACUUAUGGGUUUUUCCGUUAAGACACAAAAGUGAUGCCACUACUCAUUUAAAUUCAUUUGUAGCUUAUGUGAAAAAUCAUUUUAAUACUACCAUUAAAACUGUACAGUGUGA